UCUGUUCUUCAUAUAUCAUUGUUGCUGGUUCCACGCUCCAUAUAAAAUGUAUUAUUUGUCUGCAUUUAAGGAACAGUUCGCCGUCACGAUUGAAACAGAAUUGAAGGCUACUGCGCAGAUUAUACACGAUAAACUCUCGCAUUCAAUUAAUGAAGUUGUUUCUGGAGCACAAGCAGAGGAAUGUGGUAGUGAAAGAGGGAAAGUGUUUCAAAUCUCUUUGACCCUCCUAGUCGAUGAAGCAGUAAAAUCGAUUGUCGAUGCACUCCGGUCUAGAUUUGCCUACUUUGUUGACGAUCACUGCUCCGAUUACUUACUUGAAAUGUCCAAGAAAGACAAAGAGAUAACAAAACUAAAACUUCAAGGAAGACUCUUCCAGGACGAAAUGAAAACGGCACUACAACACAUUAGACAGGCGGACAGCAUUUUCGUUCAGUGCUUGAGCAGAAGUACGUGUGACACGCGAAGCAAUGCGGCCAAAGAGGAGAGGGACGCCGGUUGGCUAGAAAAUCGCCACUCGGCUAUGCAGUUUGGAGGAAACCAGGCAAUGGGUAUGGUCACAGAUGAAGGUGAAAUAUUUCCAAGUACUAAAGAUGAGCUCCAUACUUCUAAUAAACAGAGUGAGAAGAUGUCAAAAACUGUUUCUAUUGAAGAUAUUCAUAGUGGAUUUUUUGGCAUUACAGUUACACAGAAUGUGAAAGAACAUGAUGCCCUCCAAAUUGGAGAUACUGACAUAUACUUUCCUGACCCUAAACAGACCGAAGCAACAGCAAAAGAAUCUGAGCAUCUGAAAUUUUGCAUUAAGCAAGAACAGUUAUCAGCCUGUGAAAACAAUCCAUUGCAUAUUAAUGAGGAGGCUUCAGAGGAAGCAUUUGUGAAAGUUAAAGAGGAAGAUGUUGAGCAAGAUAUUGACCAGACUACAGAACAGAAUUUGAAUGCAUCUAACUAUUCAGGAGCGACUGAACUAGAAAAUCUUGAGCUGAGACAUUCAUUUUCUCAAGGAAAUUCUUUACUCAGUGAUAAUGACAACUUGGAAUUUCAGGAAAGGGAAAAAUCUAAUGAGAUUGUCACCACAAUGCCACAGGAAAACAUAUCAGUUACCAGUCAGCAUACAGCAAGUGAAAUUCAACAGAUGGGUCUAAUGACAGAUGGACUUUAUAAACCCUGCUCUCAAGAUGAUUUCAAGAAUGAGUGUAAUGGAGACACUGACAAUGGUAAAUGCAUGGUCAACUCUCUGUUUGAUCCAGGAACACAGUUGGAUUUCAAAUGCAGUGCUCUUCCAGUAGUAAAGCUAACUAGAGUAGAUGCACUGUGGAAGACACCGCAGAAAUGUCACAAUGACACCGUAAACAAUGUAAACAAGCUACACAACUGUGCUGAAUGUGGAAAGAGUUACAAAAAGAAAAUUAGAUUUGAAGAACAUCAGAGAAUCCACACAGGCGAGAAACCGCAUGUUUGCAGAUAUUGUGGAAAGAGUUUUAGAAAGUUAAUUUCAUUUAAACGUCAUACUUUGACUCACAAAGGAGAAAAACCAUAUUGUUGUAAUGUAUGUAAGAAGCGUUUCAGAAAGAAAAGUAGAUUCCAGGAACACCACCGAAUCCAUACGGGAGAAAAAAAGUAUGUUUGCUCAAAAUGUGGAAAGCAGUUCAGACUGAAGAGUUCAAUUCAAGAACACCUAAACAUUCACUCUGGAGAAAAGCCAUACUCUUGCCCGAAAUGUGAGAAGUCAUUUAAAAAGAGGAAGAAUCUUUUAACACACCAGAUUCUUCACACUGGGGAAAAGCCAUUUGAUUGUCCCGAUUGUGGCAAAACAUUCAGAAAAAAGAAAUGCCUUCAAAAACAUCAAGCUAUUCAUAAUGAAGAGAACCCAGUUGAUUGUGCUGUGUGUGGAGAGAAGUUCAGUAAAAAGAAAUUACUCCAAACACAUCUACGUUUUCAUAGUGAAGACAAGCUCUUUAGCUGUUCUAUUUAUAGUAAGAAGUUCCUAACAAUGGAAACACUCCAUGUAUGUAAUGUUUGUGAAGAGAAAAGUAAACAUGAUGCCCAUAGCAGAGCAGAAAAUCCAUUCUGUUUUACAGAAAAGUAAGGGAAAGAAUUCACCUUGAGAUGGAAAGAGUGGUGUUAUCUGUGGCAUAAACAUCAGAUAGUUGAAAGCUGCAAUAGUUUAAACAGCCUGAAAGUUUUUUGUAAGUGUGUUCAUCAUUAUGAAAAAUGCAAAAAAAAAACAUUUUGUGAAACUUAAUUGGUCUCACUCAGUUUAAAA